AUGCCACCGUCCGCGAAGAGAGCCCAGCGCGGUCGUCGCGACCUGCGCCUCGGCAGAGAUACAAAAACAAUUAGCUCGACUGACGCCGAGAUGGAUCCUUCGUCGUCACCAACGCGGCCCGCCAAGCGUCGCAAGAAGGUCACAUCCCCAGAGUCCGACAGAAGAUCAUCCAACAUCGACAACGAUCAAGCGCCGCCCACCGACGAUGACCAGAUCGUGUCCCAAGUCACGCAGCAACUCAAGUCCCACGCCGUCAAGGCUAGCAAGGACCACGCCAAUUCCAUCCACGAGGCCAACGGCGACGGCGUCAAGGCCUAUGCCAAGGUCGCCGCUCAGGACUGGACAUUCUACAUUACGAAGCUUGCCGUCAAUAUCGGCCGCGCUCUCGAGGGUACCCCGGCGCCUGAAGAGGAUGAGGAUGACCAUGAACAUGUGCACAUCGAUUUGGGUCCUAGCAAGAUGAUCUCUCGAGCGCAUGCCGCCAUCGUCUUCGACUCAAAAGACGAGAAGUGGCUACUCCAGGUCAAGGGCCGGAACGGCGCUAAGGUUGACGGCCAGCCCUUGAAACCCCGGGUCAGUCACCCACUUACCAGCGGCGAGGUGAUCGAGAUUGGCAAUGUCGAAAUGAUGUUUGUGCUGCCGUCAGAGAUCAGCCCUCUCCAUGUUCAUCCUACUUUCCUCCAGAGAUGUGGCUUGCCCGUCGACGCACGCGCUUCUCGCCGCCAAGCAAAUAUCGCUCCAGCGCCGGCCGACUAUAAGCGACCAGGAACGCCUCCCUCGACGCGCCGAAUCGACUUCAAAUCGCCCGCUGUAAGCACUCCUGCCGUCAUAAUCGGCGCCAGCGGUGUCGAUCUCAGCCUCGACGAAAACCAGCACAUCAAACCACAAUAUAGCUACGCGCAGAUGAUUACCCAGGCUAUAAUGAAUGCGCAGGAUGAAAAGUUGAAUUUGAACGGAAUCUACACUUAUAUAAUGGACACUUAUUCCUACUAUCGACAUCAGCAAGCUGCAGGCUGGCAGAACUCCAUUAGACACAAUCUAUCGUUGAACAAGUCUUUUGACAAGGUCGCCAGAUCCACAGAUGAACCUGGCAAAGGCAUGAAAUGGCAAAUCGUGCCCGAGCUUCGAGAAGAGAUGGUUCGCAAUGCGUACAAGGUCGGGCGUGGUGGGCACCGCGGCUCCUCGGCGCCGUCUUCGCCAAACCAGCUCAACUACAUUACGCAGGGGCCGAAAGAUAUGGCUGGAAGGGAUACACCGACUGGCAGGAAGCGUCGAGCUUCACCACUCACUUCACCAGCCCCGCGAUCUUCUCUGCGCAUGUCUCAGUCAACGCCAAAUCGUUCCGAUCGCUCAGGAUUGAAUGCCACUUUGACCGCAGACGGUAGUCCGUUGCCAAGACAGCGAAAGACGUUGGAUGUAGAGUCAUCUUUUGCGGGCUACCAGCCGCAAUCACCAACAUUGACCUCAUCGUAUCAGGACGAUAACUCGGCAUUUGUCACUCCCGCGCCGCCGCGUAUACACCCCAGACUUGCACCUCCAAGCACCGCGCAACGGCCAAGCCAGCACAUGCCAACCAGUUCACCAGCGCCUUUCUGGAGGUAUGCAGACAUCGGGAGCACGCCACUCAAGCCGAUGGCCCCUUAUGAGAGCCCUUCCAAGACAAGGGGGCCAUUGCCUCCUCAGAGCAGCAGCCCGCCGCCUAUGAGCAAAUCGCCUCCCAGUAGCCCAACGCGGCCCCAGCUGCCUGCACAACAGGCUGUAGAGGAGCCUGACGCAGCCGAGGUGGAUGACGAAGGGUUUGAUUUGACAAAGGGAUUCCAAAGUAUAAGCGCGUAUCAUGCUCCUCUUCACCUCGCUCUUGUGAUGGCGGAAUUCCGCGUCGCUGACGGCACUCCGCCAGCCACCGAAGCAAAGCUGAAAUUUUCAUCGCGCCGCGAAGAAAUCUCAAUUCUUUUUGGUACGCACUCGUUAGAACUCAUUCGAACUAUUUCUUCAAAUCGCCAUCAAGCGACUCCUAUUUCGUUUUUCUUCGUCAACAUCAUACUAGCCAGUUCUUCAUUCGCAAUGUCCAAGUCUGCUAUUGACAACGUCUCCGUUGUUGGAGCGGGCCUGGCCGGCCUCACACUUGCGCUGGCGCUGCACCAGCAAUCCAUCCCCGUCACCGUCUACGAGUCGCGCCCGGCACCUCUGAACAUCGGAGGCGCCGUCAUGCUCUCGCCCAACGCGCUCAAGGUCCUGGACGCGCUGGGCCUCUACGCCAUGGUCAAGGCCAAAGGCUACAACUUCGACAGCCUCGAGUACCGUGACCUCGACGGGAACCUGACCGAGGUUCAGGACUUUGGCGGCGUGGAAGAGUACGGCUACCAAGGGCUGCGCAUUUACCGCUACGUCCUCAUUGACGAGCUGGUUGCGGCGCUGGCCGCGGCCGGCGUGGCGGUGGAAUACGGCGCCAAGUUUUCCCAUGUGGAAACGGACACGCCACAGGGUGUUUCGUUUGCGCUCACGGACGGUCGAAGCAUACAGACAUCGCUUCUGGUCGGGGCUGAUGGCAUUCACUCCACAGUCCGCAGACACCUUUACCCAGACCUCGAGACGACCUUUGUCGGCAUGGCGGGUAUCACCGCCUCCGUGCCCACCGCGCAGCUCCAGCUGCCCGAGGGCUACCACAUCCCCGUCACCAUCGUCUCCCCGCAGGGCGCCUUUGUCAUUGCCCCGCAGCAGGUCGACGGCUCCGAGGUGCUCAUCGGCAAGCAGAUGCGCCUCGCCCCCGCGGAGCGGCAGCCCGGUUGGGACCGCGCGUUCGUCGCGGACAAGCAGUCGGCGAUUGCGUUCUUACAGAGCGGCAACGAGCAUUUUCCCGAGUUUGUGCGCCGCGCCGUGUCGCGCAUCGAGCCGGACAAGGUCAACAAGUGGCCGUUCUUCGUGGUGCCGAGGCUCGAACGCUGGACGUCGGCCACGGGCAACGUCGUCAUCCUGGGGGACGCGGCGCACGCGAUCCCCCCGUCGGCGGGGCAGGGCAUCAACCAGGCAUUUGAGGACGUGUACAUCCUGGCGCUGAUCCUGGGCCAGCGGGACAGGAUCGGGGACGAGGCCGAGGCGCUGCGGUUCUGGCAGACGUAUCGCCAAGCUCGCGUGGACAAGGUGCUGGAACUGAACAAGCAGAUUGACCAGCGGAGGAUGCCGUCGACGGAUGCCGUGGUGGGCAAGGAUAGCGGGCUCGCCAAGCAGAGCUUUGAGCUGGGAUGGCUGUAUAAUCCGGAUUUCAAGAAGGAUGUGAUGGACUGGGUUGCUAAGUCUGCUUAA